ACCUUCUCCCCGUGAUGGCGGAGGACAGCGAGUCUGCCGCCAGUCAGCAAAGCCUCGAGCUGGACGAUCAGGACACCUGCGGCAUCGACGGCGACAAUGAGGAGGAGACGGAGCACUCCAAAGGAAGUCCAGGAGGAGAAUUGGGAGCUAAGAAAAAGAAAAAGAAGCAGAAACGAAAAAAGGAGAAAACAAAUUCCAGAGACACCAAAUCAGACUCUGCUUCGGACUCCCAGGAGAUUAAAAAUCAGCAACCUUCAAAAAAUCCAGCCAUUCCAAUGCAGAAGCUGCAAGACAUUCAAAGAGCUAUGGAGUUGCUCUCAGCCUGUCAGGGCCCAACCAAGAAUAUUGAUGAAGCGACCAAACGUAAAUACCAGUUUUGGGACACACAGCCUGUACCCAAGCUUAGUGAGGUUAUAACUUCGCAUGGUGCUAUUGAACCAGAUAAGGAUAACAUUCGCAUAGAGCCGUAUUCUUUACCGCACGGUUUCACUUGGGACACGUUGGAUCUGAGCAACACUGAAAUUUUAAAGGAGUUGUACAUGCUGCUAAAUGAAAAUUAUGUUGAAGAUGAUGAUAACAUGUUUAGAUUUGACUAUUCACCGGAAUUCCUUUUGUGGGCCCUUAGACCGCCAGGUUGGCUUCCGCAGUGGCACUGUGGUGUCAGGGUAUCAUCCAAUAGGAAACUGGUGGGGUUCAUCAGUGCCAUUCCGGCACACAUUCGGAUUUAUGAUAGUGACAAGAAAAUGGUAGAAAUUAAUUUUCUGUGUGUCCAUAAAAAACUACGAUCAAAGCGAGUAGCACCAGUCCUGAUCCGUGAAAUAACCAGAAGAGUAAACUUGGAAGGAAUUUUUCAGGCUGUUUACACUGCAGGAGUCGUCCUUCCCAAACCUGUAGCAACUUGCAGAUACUGGCAUCGAUCGCUGAAUCCCAGAAAAUUGGUAGAAGUGAAAUUUUCUCACUUGAGCAGAAAUAUGACAUUACAGAGAACAAUGAAGCUCUACAGACUUCCUGAUGCCACAAAAACUUCAGGCUUGAGACCUAUGGAACGAAAAGAUAUCAAAGCAGUGCAAGAGUUGAUUAACAAUUACUUGAAGCAAUUCAAUCUUGCUCCUGUUAUGGAUGAAGAAGAAGUGGCUCACUGGUUCCUGCCUCAGGAUCAUAUUAUUGACACGUUUGUGGUAGAGAAUUCAAAUGGUGUUUUAACUGACUUUCUGAGUUUCUAUACAUUACCUUCAACAGUCAUGCACCACCCUGCUCAUAAAAGCCUCAAAGCAGCCUAUUCCUUCUAUAAUGUUCACACGGAAACCCCUCUCUUGGAUCUAAUGAAUGAUGCACUGAUUAUAGCAAAGAUGCCCCAGAUGACUUUGGGGUUGCACGUGGCUUUUCCAAAUCAAAUCAAAGCUUUGUAUCUGGGCUACUUCGGUUACAAGAAAUGAAAAGUCAGUCAAAUAUGACUUCUACUGUAGGAAUGUAACAGAGAAAAAGGUUUGUCUGUAUUGUGUAUGCAUUGUGAUCGUUACACAAGGUUACUAAUGCUGUUAAGAUUUUCAGGUUCUAAGUUGUAAACAUACAGAAUACUGCGUUGGUUUGGCUGGCAUUUCUGAGCUUUCAUGUGCAUGCCAUUGCAAUCUAUAUGUUCCUGGAUUGUGUUGAUGCAAACUCAUUGCUAAAAAUAUAAAACAUUGUUGAUUUAUUGAGUUUGUUGUCUGGUAGAUACAGUAGUAUUAGUAUAAUGUUUGCAAUGUUCUUGAUUUUUGAUUGCAGUUAAUAUUACUCAUGCAGCUGCUUCAGCUUCUUUUCCUUUAAAGAUUACACCUUCUACAAACAGCCCAAAUGUCCAGCUAAGGAAAAGCAUGUUCAAUUGGCUGCUUUCAUUCCUUGCUAUAGGGUAUGAGGGGAAUAACUUUUCCUUUUUUCAAAAAGGCAUCCUUGUUUCAUUUUUCAUAGGUUAGAAGAAUCAGCAUGACACUUAACAGAAAUAGCAAUAGCAUUUAGACUUACAUACCAUUUCACAGUGCUUUAUAGCCCUCUCUAAGUGGUUUACAGAGUCAGCAUAUUGCCACCAACAAUCUGGGUCCUCAUUUUACCCACCUUGGAAGGAUGGAAGGCUGAGUCAACCUUGAGCCUGGUGAGAUUCGAACUGCCAAAUUGCAACCAGUCAGCAGACAUAGCCUGCGGUACUUCAUUCUAACCAUUGCACCAACACAGCUCUUAUAGCACUUAGACUUACCUAUACCACCCUGUAAUGCUUCACAUGAGUUUACAAAUGUUAGCAUAUUGUCCCCAACAAUCUGAGACCUCGUUUUAUUGACCGUGGAAGGGUGGCUGAGUCAACCUUGAGCUGGUCAGGAUUAAACUCUUGGCUAUGGGCAGAGUUAAUCUGCAAUGCUGCAUUCUAACACUGUAGCCUGUGGUUAAAAAACACACACUAGAGGAUUCAAUACAAUUCAAAGUAAAAUAGGGUAUAAUGUCCCCUUCCAGUUGUAUCUUUUUAUCCAUGUUAAUUCAUCUUAUUGAAACAAGAGUUCUAGGAAGAAGGACACAGCUAUGAUGUGUUCAAAGCAAUUUGUAGUGUAGUUAAUUAUAGAAGUACGUGCCUGUCAUGUAGAAUGCUUCAUAGAGUGCAGAGUUUCCUUUCUAAAUAAAAUCUUUUACCAACCCUUAUGAAAACCCAAUUAGAAAAUCAAUUUGUAA